AUGGCCCAUGGGUCCCGGCUGGACCGGUGCUGCCCCGAUGCCCACCCGGUGGAGUCGCUGCCUCUGCAGAUCGGCUCCGUGCAUGGCGCUUCGGGAGAGUACGUGGAGGGGGUGAGUGACCAGGACGUCCUGCUCAUCCACUCCUGCCGCCAGUGGACCACGGUGACGGCGCACAGCCUGGAGGAGGGACACUACGUCAUCGGGCCCAAGAUCGACAUCCCGCUCCAGUACCCAGGGAAGUUCAAGCUGCUGGACCAGGACCGGGACGUGCGGGAGCCCGUGCAGUAUUUCAACAGCGUGGAGGAGGUGGCCAGCACCUUCCCGGACCGCGUCUUCGUCAUGGAGGCCAUCACCUUCAGCGUCAAGGUGGUGUCGGGGGAGUUCAGCGAGGACAGCGAGGUGUACAACUUCACGCUGCACGCGGGGGACGAGCUGACGCUGAUGGGCCAGGCCGAGAUCCUGUGCGCCAAGGCGGGCAAGGAGAAGUGGCGCUUCAACAGCCUGCUGCGCAAGCUGGGCCGGGCGGCGCCGGUGAAGGAGGAGUGCCGCCUGCUCAACGCGCCGCCCGUGCCGCCCCGGGGCGGCCGCCUGCACGCUGCCCCCAGCCCGCCCGUGCCCCUGCGCUUCCCCAAGCUCCCGCCUGCCCAGUCGCCCAGCCCCAGCCUCUCCUACUACUCCUCCGGGCUGCACGACGUGUGGCGCCCGCCGGCCGACCUGUCGGCGCUGUCGGUGGAGGAGGUGUCGCGGUGCCUGCGGUUCAUCGGGCUGUCCGAGGACGUGGUGAGCUUCUUCGCGCGGGAGCGCAUCGACGGCAGCAUCUUCGUGCAGCUCACCGAGGAGAUCCUGGCCGACGACUUCAAGCUCACCAAGCUCCAGGUCAAGAAGAUCAUGCAGUUCAUCAAGGGCUGGCGGCCCAAGAUCUAG